GCCGUCCUCACCUUCAAUUCGCAGCAACCCAGCAACACCCACCCUCUUCACCUUCACGUACGAAGCAAAACCCGUCUCACCUUCACGAACGAAGAACCAAAACCCAGCGCCGUCCUCACCUUCGAUUCGCACCCAAAACGCAUCAACCCAGCGCCGUCCUCACCUUCGCAAGAACCAGCGCCGUCCUCUCUCUCAACUCACCACCAGCGCCGUCCUCUCUCUCACGAACCCUAACUCCAAAUCGAUUCAGGGUACCCUGAUAGAUGGAAAAGAGGUAGCCAUAAAGCGGAACUCAAAGAUGUCUGAUCAAGGGUCGGAGGAAUUUAAAAACGAAGUUUUGUUGAUUGCAAAACUUCAACAUGGUAAUCUUGUGAAGCUUCUUGGUUGUUGUAUUCAUAGAGAGGAAACAUUGUUGAUCUACGAAUACUUGCCCAACAGGAGCUUAGACUACUUCAUCUUUGAUGAAACUAGAAGCAAACUCUUGGCGUGGUCAAAGCGUUCCGAUAUUAUUGCUGGCAUUGCUAGAGGACUUCUUUAUCUCCACCAAGAUUCUAGACUUAGAAUUAUUCACAGAGAUUUGAAGUUAAGCAAUAUCUUGCUAGAUGCCCAUAUGAAUCCAAAAAUCUCAGAUUUUGGUCUGGCUCGGGAAUUUUGUGGCGAUCAAGUUGAAGCCAGAACAAGAAAAUUGGUUGGAACAUAGUAAGUUACCUUCGUUUUGUACUUAAUUUGACGUAAUACAAAAUGAUCACUCUACUGUCAAAGACUUUAUAUCAGUGUUCUUGUUUUAUCGUGUUAUUAGUUACAAUGGAUUCACAUUAACUAGGAUGUUUUGAAUUGUAAUGACUUGUAUUUUGCUUGAAUGUUAUAACAUUUUGGAUUGUUUUGGUA